ACUGGUAGAAGUCUGCCAGCGCCUGUCUUCUGGAAUCCUGCCACCUUCUGUGUGUCCUCAGAAGGAAAAGUAGAUGAAACAUUAAAAUCCAGAACAGAAGGUAUAUGCUGAUGACUUUCUUUGCCCAAGAGCCUCCACUAAUGGAAAGACCUUUCAGGAGCGGAAAGGUGGCCUGUAGAAACCAGAAACCUGGCUUCCUCACUAAUGUGAGGUGAUCUUCUAUACCUCUCUACAACAGUUUCCUCAUCCUCACCGGGCACAGAUAAUAAGUCCUCCCCUGCCUACCUCACAGGGAUGUUGUGAGGGUCAGUGGCUAGCAGAUGUGAAAGAGUUUAGAAGUUUUAAAGCACUAUGCACAUUGCUGAUGAUCCGCAGGCUCAGAAAUACAUCUUGGAAAGUAAAUGCUUAGUCAUUGAGAAAAAUGGGAAAUUGCGAUAUGAAAUAGAUACUGGAGAAGAAACAAAAUUUGUUAAUCCAGAAGAUGUUGCCAGACUAAUAUUUAGUAAAAUGAAAGAAACGGCACAUUCUGUCUUGGGCUCUGAUGCAAAUGAUGUAGUUGUUACUGUUCCAUUUGACUUUGGAGAAAAACAAAAAACUGCUCUUGGAGAAGCGGCAGCUGCUGCUGGCUUUCGUGUCUUGCGGCUUAUCCACGAGCCCUGUGCGGCCCUGCUUGCCUACGGAAUUGGACAAGACUCUCCUGCUGGAAAAAGCAAUAUUUUGGUAUUUAAGCUUGGAGGAACAUCCUUAUCUCUCAGUGCCCUGGAAGUUAACAGUGGAAUGUACCGGGUUCUUUCAACAAACACAGAUGAUAACAUUGGAGGUGCACAUUUUACAGAAACCUUAGCGCAGUAUCUGGCUUCGGAGUUCCAGAGGUCCUUCAAACAUGAUGUGAGGGGAAAUGCCCGAGCCAUGAUGAAAUUGGUGAACAGUGCGGAAGUGGCAAAACAUUCUUUGUCAACCUUGGGAAGUGCCAAUUGUUUCCUAGAUUCACUGUAUGAAGGUCAAGAUUUUGACUGCAAUGUGUCCAGAGCAAGAUUUGAACUUCUCUGUUCUCCGCUUUUUAAUAAAUGUGUAGAAGCAAUUCGAAGACUCUUAGAUCAAAGUGGAUUCACAGCAGAUGAUAUCAAUAAGGUUGUCCUUUGUGGAGGGUCUUCUCGAAUCCCAAGGUUACAGCAACUGAUUAAAGAUCUUUUUCCAACUGUUGAGCUUCUCAACUCUAUCCCUCCUGAUGAGGUUAUCCCUAUCGGUGCCGCUAUAGAAGCAGGAAUCCUCACUGGGAAAGAAAACACAACAGUGCAAGAUUCUCUUAUGAUAGAGUGUUCAGCUAAAGAUAUUUUAGUGAAGGGAAUAGAUGAGUCAGGUGCCAAGAAAUUCACAGUUCUGUUUCCAUCUGGGACGCCGCUGCCAGCUCGAAGACAACACACAUUACAAGCUCCAGGCAGUAUGUCUUCAGUCUGCCUUGAACUCUAUGAGUCAGAAGGGAAAAACUCCAUUAAAGAAGAAACCAAGUUUGCACAGGUUGUACUCCAGGAUUUAGAUAAAAAAGAAAAUGGAUUACGUGAUAUAUUAGCUGUUCUUACUAUGAAAAGGGAUGGAUCUUUACAGGUGAUGUGUACUGAUCAAGAGACUGGAAAAUGUGAAGCAAUCACUAUUGAGGUUGCAUCUUAAGUGUCUUAGAUAAACCAAGAAUUUUUAGACUAGAAUAUCAACAUUAUUUGUGUAUAAGUGAUGUUUAUAUUAAAAUGUUUUUCAAUGAAUGCUCUAAGCUGUUUGUAUUAAAAUACAAUAUAUUGAUAAGUA